UAUUUUACAUUUAGGUAUACAUCUAAUAAGGAGAUAGGCAUGCAACCAGUUAAAGAUAAAAUUUAUUUAAAAGUAAGCAAUAUGAAAGGAGACUUUCAAUAUACAGAACUAGUAUUAAUAAUACUACCUUUAAAUACAGAGCCACCAAUAAUUACUGUUUUUGGUGAAAUUCAGGUAGAAGAAAGCAAGAUGGUUAUUGUAGGACCUGAUAUAUUUACUGUUAUUGAUGAAGACACAUCGGCAGCUGAUCUGACAAUAAUCAUCGACAUUCAACCCAAAUAUGGAUAUCUUGCAAAUCAAAAACAGUUUUCAGACUCAGAAAAGUCUUUUAUAGGCCUUCCUAUAUCAUCAUUUAUUUUACAAGACUUAUAUGAUUUAUAUAUUCAAUAUAUUCAGAAUGAUCACUUAAAUAUUGAACCAGUUGCUGAUAAUUUUUCAUUUCAUGUCACUGAUGGAAGACAAUCAUCGUCAAUUUCUCAUCUUAAUAUUACAAUUCAUUUAAUUAAUGAUGAACCUCCAAUCAUUGUGAAACAGCAGUUAUUUGUUGAACCUGGCCAAAUAGCAAUAAUUGAUAAUUCAACAUUACUUGUUUAUGACAGAGAUACACCUGUAACAGAUUUAAUAUUUAUUUUAGAGAUUCCACCAAAAUAUGGAAAAUUAAAGAAAUUGAAAUCAGUGGCAAAGCAAAACUUGCAACAUAGUAUUGAUUUAACUUCUGGAAAUAACUUUUCUGUUCAAGAUAUAAUGAAUGAACUGAUAAUAUAUAUUAACGAUGGAAAUGUCAAGAAUAAGGAAGACAGCUUUAUUCUUACCGUUUCAGAUGGAGAAUUUUAUGACACUCAAGCCAUAACAAUAUUAAUAGAAUUAUUGGCUGAUAACAUUCCUAAACUGAACAUAAAUGGAUUUGGACACAGUGCAGUAACAAUAAUACAGUUAGAACGACCUGAGUAUUCUAUAGAAGAACCCAAUGAGCCAGAACAUGUUACUAAACUUUCUGUAACUGCAGUGAGAAGUGGAGAUAUAAACCACAUAUCCAAAGUUCGUGUUAAUACAAAAGAUGGAACUGCAAUUUCGGGUAUUGAUUACCAAGCCAAAAGUUCAAUAUUAUUUUUUGAUUAUGGUGAAACCAAGAAAACAUUUGAAGUUGAAAUCAUAUAUAACAAAGAUAAAGGGUGGAAUAAGAAUUUUUUUAUUACUCUUUGUUCAGAAGAAUUACUGAAUGCUAUACUUGGAAAUAUUUCAAUUUCUACAAUUUUUAUAGCUGAUAAUGACGACUUUGAUAUCUUAGUACUUCCAGCUCCACCAAUUGUUAUAUCAUUGCAGCAUUAUGAUGAUAUAGAAAUUAAUAUGAAUAAAGAUCCAUCUCCUGGAUAUCCAUUAAUUUGUGUGACUAUAUUGGAUACUAUUUAUUUUGGACCAAAGUUUAUGAUACGUUGUAUUGCUCAACCACUGUCAUCUGAAGGAAGUUCUGGAAUUGCACUGAAAAGCAAUGUUGCUAAAAUUGGAAGUCAUAAUGGAAUAUGCAAACUGAAGUCACAGUCUUUCAAGGCUACUCUACAAUAUUUAAAUUCUUCAAAUAUUCAACAUCCUAAUCGUCUUCAUAUUCAUAUUGAAAUUCCUCAUCAGGAUGGAAUGCUUCCUUUGAUAUCAACUUAUCCUCUGCACAAUGUAAACUAUCUUUUGACAGAAUCAAUUUAUAGACAACAACAUUUGUGUUCAAAUCUAGUUGUUUCAUCCAAGAUUAAAAGUGAAACUGGAGAGACAAAUUAUGGAUUUUUGAAUCCAUUUGAUAUUUCAAAUCACAAUUUCUCAGAAUUCUAUUUCACCACACCUUAUCAGUAUGACCUCAUGCUUCGAGAAGAAAAGACAUUACGUUUAUAUCAACAUCUGGAUCUUAAAAUAUGUCUUUGGAAAUUUGAUGCCUGGUAUCAUAUGACAGAACUAGUUGAUUUGUGUGGUGGAAAUAUAGCAUCAAAUUUUCAAUUGAGGACUAGUGGAGAGACAUAUCUUACUGUGCAUUUACCUUUAUAUGUUUCCUAUAUUUAUGCUUCUGCUCCAACUGGAUGGAUAACAAUGGAACAUCAUACUGAAUUAGAAUUUUCUUUUUCAUAUAAUACAAUGUUGUGGAAGACUGGUGUAGAAACAGAUGGUUUGUACCAUUCCAGAUUACAAAUUUUAAAAGUUGUAAUUACUAAAAGUGGUGCUCUGACAAUUAAAUUCAAAACACAAGCAAAAUUCAGAGGACUGUUUAUUUUGGAACACCCUGUGAUUAGUGAUUUAAAAAGUCAAGUUAAACCUCCUGCAAAUCUUACAAUAUCCUUCAAUUUAGAAUUAUUAUGGACUGAACAAACUUUUGAUGGACCAACACAGCUAUGGAAAACUACCAGCAAGUAUAAUUUAAAGGAUUACACAGGAUUAUAUAUAAUUGAACUUAUUCCUUGCACUGUCCGGUCUACACAAUCUUAUUCUCAAAACUUUUUAGAAAUUUGCACAGCUUAUCUUCCAGAAAAAUUUGAAAUCCCCGUGGUUUUUCAACAAACAAACAGACCCGUACCGGUCGUUUACACUUUAAAUACCAUUUUUCAAUUAGUCAAUGAUGAAAAAACGUUCGUGUUAAAUCCUUACGCUUCGAGUACAAAUUUAUACGAAUUGGACUAUAAAGGCAUUUUCUUUAGAGGUCAGACGGUGUACGGAAGGGUGCUGUGGAAUCCCGACCAGGACUUGAAAUCUGCCUACAGUCUUCGCAUCGAGAAGUUGUUUAUCUGCGCGGGACGCGACGGAUUCGUUCCGUUUUACGAUCCUACCGGAGAAGAGUACGACCGAGGACCCGGGUUCGGUUGCAUUCAAAACAGCCGACGUCUUCAACAUCGGUUUCUCUUACUGGACCGAUCGGACCCUUCGGGUGUGGACAAAAGCUUUCUGGACGUUCCGUUCGGAGCCAGUUUUGCCGAUCAGAACGAUUCUUUCUACUCCAUGAAAGACAUUCCCGGAUUGGACGGAUUUCUGUUUAAAGUGGACGCCCUCUAUCGGGUGGAUUCGGGACGUCGCUGGUAUCUGCAGGUGGUAUACAACAUCGGCUCGGCCCGACGCCGCCACAGAAAGGCCAGACGAACGGAGACCCGAACCGGCACCGACAUGCGAAUGCUGCGGCUGGCCCCCGACCCCUCCUCUCCCGCCUCCGGUCGGACGGCCUACCCCUGGUUGGGGGUGCCGCUGUCGGCGCUGCUCCUGCUCUUGGCGGUCUGGGCCUACCGUCGGAGGAAAGCGCUGGCCGACCGCCCCCCGACGGACGAAUCCCCGGAGGAGGGCGAGAGCGACGGUUUUUUAACCGGCGGCUCGAGUGCCGGAACUUCCGGCCUGGGACGCCGUCCUUCCGGGACGGAAGUGUGAAAGGCCGAACCGGAGCGGGAGGAGGUGCGAGAAGAAGAGACGGAGAGAGCGUUCCGGCGGCAAGGGAAGAGACAGAGAAGAUUUUCGCACCUGUGUACAUUAUUUUUCUUAGAAAUAAAUUCUAAUUUUUUCCCUUCUGCUCGUUCUUCGCCGGAGGAGGCAGCGGGAAGGAGUUGCUCCGAAGUUUAUCGGACGGCUUUCGCCCGGGAUUUCUUUGUCUUACGUGUACCACCUGCGCGGGUCGCCGAGUGCGGGCCGAGCACGGACGCCAUCUCGCGGUUGUUUGUUCGUUAAAUAAAAUGACAAUAACCAUACGAAUCGUUGCUUCUGGG